GUGCUUUGGAUGCAGUGUGAGGAUGAGGCAGUCGGCGAUCUCCGCAAAGGAGUCGGGAAAUCGACUGAUAUGUACCGGAGUCGGCGAGCGUCUCGUCAUUGAUUCCAGCCACCAUCCCAGGGCUCUAUCAUAUAGAACACUGGCAACGACCCUGGGCGCAGCGAUCUGGUCUGCAGCUCUUUUAUGCGUCGAGGUAUCGUCAAGUCCGGGAAUGCCGGGAAUUCCUCCAAAGCGUCUUCGAAAGCGUCCAAGGCACCCGUCGUACAGCCUGCCACCCCAAACACUGACGACAAGCCGCUUUUCCCUCCGGGAUCCAAGUACCCUCUCAGUCUACUGAAUGAGAGAUGUCAGAAGAAUGGCUGGGAGAAGCCAGUCGUCGACACACGCAAACAAGUAGACGGCUAUUCUUUUGCGGUCACCCUGAGUAGAGUCAACAAGAAAACAUCUAACAAAGAAUCCGUUCGUCUGGAGCCCCAUCCGCCCUACGUCCUACCUAGUGCGCUCGAAGCCCGUCACUGGGGUGCGACAUAUGCGCUGUAUCGCGUUUGUAAUGGGAUUCAGCUGAAUCGAGUGCUGCCUGCUGGGCCGCGGGACUACUGGAACGCGCUGGCUGCUGAGCACAAGAACGUUCCAGAGCAUCAGAAAUGGAUGUACGACGCAGACCCUUUCGCGGCUCGCAGAGCGGUCGACGACCGCCAGACCAAGGUUGCCCAAAGGAGAGAAGCGACCUCAUCCGAGGGUGGCGCAUCAAGAGACGUCAAGCAUGGUUCCCGAGAAUUUGAGAAUGCUCCGGAGGCAAAAAUGGCUGGAUCCUUGCGCGAACUGGUCGAAGACAGUAUCAAAAAGGCAAUCGCGUUGUAUCCAGAAUCAGAGGACGCUGUUCCCCCUGUCAUCCCUGUUGAAGACGCUCAGCAACUUCUCCAGCAACUCAGUGUACUGGGCUUCAAGCCUGUACAGGCACGUAGUGCCAUAACGGCGCUCUCACAGACAUCUCCGAUCGCUGCCACUUUAUUACGGGAGAAUCCACCUUUGCAGGCAUGCAUCGAGUACCUCAUUCUGCAAGUGCCCGAAUGCGAUCUCCCCCAACGUUUCUUGCCUGCUCUCAAUUCCUCGAACUCCUUCGUCACCGCAGCGCAUGCAGGGACCACUGAUCUCAAAAUGCGUUGGGCCGAAGAGAAGGCCGUCAAAGAAUGCGGAUGGCCUGCCCAUAUCGUGAAGGAGUGCAUGGCAGACGAGACGGUAGCCAGUGACUGGGAGCUCCUUGCGUCGGCGCUGAACCGACGCCUGCUCGGCGAUGACUGGACUGGCCUGUCGCAAGGGCGAUCUUCCGCGAAGCAUUUCGAAAGCCUCGACGGGGAUGAAUUGGAGGCUCUCGGUGCGCACAGGUCCGAGAACAACGAGUUGGUGGUUCCCUUGCCCUGCGCUCCCUUCAGACUCAUCAUUGUCCCGUCGUCUGAUGGCAAGUUCCGACAUGAUUACCCUCCUGCGAUGUAUGUCGCAUCUUCAUCCGUGCCCGCUUACAUCCGUCUGCACCUGGUCUCAAGACUACUGGUGGCUCUCAAGGACGGCCUGUUGCCAGAGGAGGACGAGAGUUUCAUCAUGGGUGCUGUCCGACUCUUGGAGGAAGAGUGGAUCUCGGUCGAGGACUCGGGUCCUCCCGACAUGGCUACUGUUCUGCAGAACCUCACGCCCAGCGCAUCGCAAUCUACUCCAGUCGAAGAAGCAGAAGCGAGGAGUACUCCUGGUGCCGAGAAACGCAACGGUCGGCGGAAGCGUGUCGGGCGGAAGCAGGACGAUCGUUCAGAUGCCCGCGUCAAGGAAGAGUUCACGCAACUCACCAAGACCGACAAAUAUCUACAAAUACUUGCUGGACGACAGAAGCUUCCUGCGUUUGCUGCUCGAGACCAAUUUCUGGAUGCGCUAGAGAGGAGCAGGUGUGUUGUGGUAGUGGGAGAGACAGGUUGCGGGAAGACGACCCAACUUCCUCAAUUCGUGUUGGACUCGUUAAUUCUCGGCGGCCAUGGAUCCAGCGCAUCGAUUAUUGUAACUCAGCCGCGUAGGCUAUCGGCGAUUGGCGUCGCUGCCCGAGUCUCCGCAGAACGCCUGGAAGACGGUUCUGUAGGAUACGCUAUCCGUGGCGAGAGCAAGCAGGACCACAGAACGAAACUGCUGUUCUGUACGACUGGUGUUGUCUUGCGACGUCUAGGUGCAGGUGACAGGCUGAAGGAUGUGACGCAUGUAGUCGUGGAUGAGGUCCAUGAGCGUUCGGUCGACGGUGACUUCCUCCUGCUCGAGCUGAAGGAGCUAUUGCGAACGCAUCCGAAGCUCAAAGUAAUCCUCAUGUCUGCAACGAUCAAUCACGACAUUUUUGUUAAAUACUUUGACGGCGCUCCUUUGCUAACAAUACCGGGAUUCACACAUCCAGUGGAGGAUAGAUAUCUCGAAGACUUUAUGGCUCAUAUCGGCUAUCGUCCCUCUGCGUCGGGGCGCACAAAGAAGGGCAAGGAAGCUGAAGAAGAGGGCAAGAAGCUUCAUGACGAUCUUGUCGCGACGGGCGUCGACGAUGAAACUGCGCAGGCCAUUCAAGCUAUCAGUCGCUCGGAUCGAAUCGACUUCGACCUCAUAUAUGCUCUCACUAAACACAUCGUCACGACCUCAGAAAAGCGAGGAGGCAUUCUUAUCUUCUUGCCUGGAGUACAGGAGAUUCGACAAUGCACAGAUAAACUUCGGAGUAUCCCAGAGACGCACGUACUACCCCUGCACGCCAACCUGUCCAAUGAAGAACAGCGCCGUGUCUUCGCACCUGUUAAAGGCUGGAAAGUCGUCGCAGCCACCAAUGUGGCAGAGACAUCUAUCACUAUCGACGACAUUAUAUACGUGGUGGAUUGCGGGAAAGUCAAGGAGACGCGCUACGAUCCACAGCGGAGCUUGACCAGCCUUGAGGAACAAUGGGUGACCCGCGCAGCCGCCAAGCAGCGCAGAGGUCGUGCAGGCCGCACUCAGCCCGGCAUAUGUUACAAGCUGUUUACCAGGCUACAAGAGCGGAAGAUGGCAGCGUUCCCUAUACCGGAGAUCCAACGAGUCUCCCUGGACAGCAUCGCACUGACGGUCAAGGUAGUCCACAAUGAUGUGAAGACGUUCCUAGCUCGUGCCAUCGACCCGCCAGAACUGACCGCAAUCGAUGCUGCUUUAUCCACUCUCGAGGAUCUAGGGGCUGUCGAGACCGAUGGUGAGCUUACACCACUGGGACGACACAUGGCUAUGCUGCCCGUCGAUCUGAGGCUUGGAAAGAUGAUGAUCCUAGGCACCAUCUUCCAGUGCUUGGGACCAACACUAACGAUAGCGGCCAUGCUGUCUUCGAAACCUUUGUUCGUGAGUCCGAUGGAGAGAAGGGACGAAGCCACACAGGCUCGGGCUUGCUUCGCUACAGGUAACAGCGACUUGUUGACCGAUAUGCAUGCAUACGACGAGUGUCUCCGCCUACGCGACGAAGGAAGAUCACAACACAACAUACGAGCCUUCUGUGAGGAGAACUUCAUUGCGCCGUCCACGAUCCGUGACGUCACCUCUCUGAAGCAAGAUUUCUUCGCUUCUCUUGUUGAGCUCGGCUUUGUCCCGCCUUCAGCCAGAAUGCACGAUCCCUCGUUGAACGCGAAUUCCGCUCACGAAAACUUGCUCAAAGCGGUGAUCCUGGGCGCGCUCUGGCCACAGGUUGCCCGCGCUGUGCUGCCACGGUCGGCUGUCAAGUUUGACCGCGUUCAAGCAGGCACGGUGCAGCGCGAUAACACUGCUCGUGAGUUUCGACUGUACGACCUGAAAGGCGGCGAGAGGGUCUUCGUGCAUCCUUCAUCCGUCCUCUUCAGCGAGGCAGCAUGGCGUGCGCCGUUCGCGGCCUACUUCCAGAAGCAAGCAACAAGCAAGGUCUUCUUGAGAGAUGCCACUGAGGUCCCGAUCUAUGCCCUUCUCCUGUUUGGCGGACCCGUCGCUGUGAACCAUAUCGGGGGUGGCCUUACCAUAGGUACAAGGGGCGCUUUCGUGAAACUCAAAGCCUGGCCCCGUAUUGGCGUGCUCGUCAACCAGUUACGCCGGCUUCUCGACGUGCAAUUGAAGCGAUGUAUAGAUGAAGGUACCAUGCUUGACGUAGGCUUGGGUAACCCGGUGGUGCGGGCGAUGUUGGCAUUGCUAGACAACGACGGACUGUCGUCUUGAAAGGUACUCAGUCACCCAGCGACUUCGCGGUCAUGCUCACAUGUCUGGUGUAGUCGAUGGUAGUCGUUGUGGCACAUAUAAUUACGGGUAGUCGCAGAUGUCAUGCGGAGUACACCUGUCUCGACGACGCAGAUUAGGGUCGACAGGAAUAAUGAAGACCUCAGUGGUACAUUGUUACAUGAGGGGUUUCGCAGCGGCCUCCUCGGCCUGCCGGCGGAACUGA